GACAGACAGACGGACGGCCAGCCCCGCGAGGGCGCGCGGACUGCCGGGCGGAGGUGUCGGCGGAGGAGGAGACGGAGGAGGGGGCUGGGCAGGGGCUGGGGCCGGGCCGGCGGGAGAGACAUGCGAUUGGUGACCGAGCCGAGCGGACGGACGGCGCGCCCGAGAUGCAGGUGAGCGAGAGGAUGCUGGCGGGGGGCGCGAGGAGCAUGCCCAGCCCCCUCCUGGCCUGCUGGCAGCCCAUCCUCCUGCUGGUGCUGGGCUCGGUGCUGUCAGGCUCGGCCACGGGCUGCCCGCCGCGCUGCGAGUGCUCGGCCCAGGACCGAGCCGUGCUCUGCCACCGCAAGCGCUUCGUGGCGGUGCCCGAGGGCAUCCCCACCGAGACUCGCCUGCUGGAUCUGGGCAAAAACCGUAUCAAGAUGCUCAACCAGGACGAGUUUGCCAGCUUCCCGCACCUGGAGGAGCUGGAACUCAACGAGAACGUGGUGAGCGCCGUGGAGCCCGGCGCCUUCAACAACCUCUUCAACCUGCGGACGCUCGGGCUGCGCAGCAACCGCCUGAAGCUCAUCCCACUGGGCGUCUUCACUGGCCUCAGCAACCUGACCAAACUGGACAUCAGCGAGAACAAGAUCGUCAUCCUGCUGGACUACAUGUUCCAGGACCUGUACAACCUCAAGUCGCUGGAGGUCGGUGACAAUGACCUCGUCUACAUCUCCCACCGUGCCUUCAGCGGCCUCAACAGCCUGGAGCAGCUGACGCUGGAGAAAUGUAACCUGACCUCCAUCCCCACCGAGGCCUUGUCCCACCUGCACGGCCUCAUUGUCCUGAGGCUCCGUCACCUCAACAUCAAUGCCAUCCGAGACUACUCCUUCAAGAGGCUGUACCGGCUCAAGGUCCUGGAGAUCUCCCACUGGCCCUACCUGGACACCAUGACCCCCAACUGUCUCUACGGCCUCAACCUGACCUCCCUGUCCAUCACGCAUUGCAAUCUGACCGCAGUGCCCUACCUGGCCGUGCGCCACCUGGUCUAUCUGCGCUUCCUCAACCUCUCCUACAACCCCAUCGGCACCAUAGAGGGUUCCAUGUUGCAUGAGCUCCUGCGGCUGCAGGAGCUCCAGCUGGUGGGCGGGCAGCUGGCCGUGGUGGAGCCCUACGCCUUCCGGGGCCUCAACUACCUGCGUGUGCUCAACGUCUCUGGCAACCAGCUGACCACCCUGGAGGAGUCGGCCUUCCACUCGGUGGGCAACUUGGAGACGCUCAUCCUGGACUCGAACCCGCUGGCCUGCGACUGCCGGCUCCUGUGGGUCUUCCGGCGCCGCUGGCGGCUCAACUUCAACCGGCAGCAGCCCACCUGCGCCACCCCCGAGUUCGUCCAGGGCAAGGAGUUCAAGGACUUCCCCGAUGUGCUCCUGCCCAACUACUUCACCUGCCGCCGGGCCCGUAUCCGGGACCGCAAGGCCCAGCAGGUGUUUGUGGAUGAGGGCCACACGGUGCAGUUUGUGUGCCGCGCCGAUGGGGACCCCCCGCCGGCCAUCCUCUGGCUGUCGCCCCGCAAGCACCUGGUCUCGGCCAAGAGCAACGGGCGGCUCACGGUCUUCCCCGAUGGCACGCUGGAGGUGCGCUACGCCCAGGUGCAGGACAAUGGCACGUACCUGUGCAUCGCCGCCAACGCGGGUGGCAACGACUCCAUGCCUGCCCACCUGCAUGUGCGCAGUUACUCGCCCGACUGGCCCCAUCAGCCUAACAAGACCUUCGCUUUCAUCUCCAACCAGCCGGGCGAGGGAGAGGCCAACAGCACCCGCGCCACCGUGCCUUUCCCCUUCGACAUCAAGACCCUCAUCAUCGCCACCACCAUGGGCUUCAUCUCCUUCCUGGGUGUCGUCCUCUUCUGCCUGGUGCUGCUGUUCCUCUGGAGUCGAGGCAAAGGCAACACAAAGCACAACAUCGAGAUCGAGUACGUGCCGCGGAAAUCGGACGCGGGCAUCAGCUCCGCAGACGCGCCCCGCAAGUUCAACAUGAAGAUGAUCUGAGGCGGGGCGGCGGG